AGCAAAACCAGCCGGCGAGUGCCCAACGCCCCAGCGGCAGUCCGUUUCACUCCCGUUCGAUGGCGGCCUAGUAAGCUGCACGGAUUGAUGUUGUAGUGCCAUCUGUAAUGAAUCGCCUUGUUGCAAAUAGACUGGGCAAUGGUCUUUCAGGCAACCACAGGCAGCACAAACACUUCACAGCCAAGUUGGUUUCACUGAUAUGCAAAAGGAAAACGCUUCUAUGCUCACCGAAUUUGCCUGCUUGCUUCUUCUGAUGCAUUUCGAGCAAUGUUUGAUGGUGGUUACAGGGAGAAGGAGGCAAAAGACAUUGAGAUUCCAAAUAUUAAAUGGGAUGUCUUUGAGUUGAUGAUGAGAUAUGUUUAUACAAGAUCAGUUCAGGUUAAUUUGGACAUUGCUCAGGAUCUUCUACGUGCUUCUGAUCAGUAUCUUCUUGAGGGACUUAAAUGUCAAUGUGAAUAUGCAAUAGCCAAGGACAUGUCUGUGGAGAACGUCUCCUUCAUGUUUGAGUUGUCUGAGGCUUUUAAUGCUCUUUCUUUAAGAAGUGCAUGCAUUCUUUUCAUACUGCAGAACUUUGACAAACUAAAUGCCAUUCACUCCUUCUCUGAACUGAUUGAGCGCAUGUUGCCCGAGAUUCGCAGUUACUUUGUGGGAGCACUCGCUAGACCAAGUCAAGCUUAUUCGCAGCGAUAGUUUAUAGUCCUGGCAUUAGUUUUUUUGUUUCUUUUGGUCAAUUUUUUGGGGUCCAUAAGUAGAAAAGAUGUAUAGAAUUUGGUUAGCUGUUUUUUUUUGUAGUGUUAAUUAGUCCAUUACCAUAUAGCUAUUUCUGAUCAGGCAUUGUGUGUCAUCUUUGGUUGAAUGUUAAUGUCAUAGUGCUAUUCUUUCUCCAAACUGGCCUUGGGCUUACAUUACCACUCUUUUGAGUGCAUAUUUGAUCAAUUUUCAGUUUGCAUUUACUAUUUAGAUGAGUACUUGGGUUCAAAGUUGUGUGCUCCCUAGACAUUGUUGUUUGGUAACUUCUAAAGUAUUAAACACUACUCAGUAAAGUUUUAUGGUUUAC